AUGCGCCUUCCACGCAAGUUGGCCCAGGUGGAAGGCAUUCAACACGCAGUAUAUGCCGAUGACAUUACAAUAUGGACCACCGAAGGGAGCAUUGGGGAAAUGCAGGAACGCCUUCAGCGGGCCGCAUCCAUAGUCGAGGCGUAUGCCAACGAUUGUGGACUCCAAUGUGCUCCAACCAAAUCAGAGCUCCUGCAUAUUAGAGCGAAGCCAACCGAUAAAUCAGCCAUACACAUCUCUCUGUCAGGGGUUCCCAUCAGAGAGGUGGAGGAGCUUCGGAUUCUCGGCCUGUUCAUUCACCACAGACUCAGACCGGACUCCACAAUUGCGAAACUCCGGAUAGUAGGCGAACAGGUAGGGCGCAUGAUCCACCGCGUUUCCAACAAGCGGGGCGGUCUGCGGGGCAGGGACGCGCUUCGGCUCGCCCAUGCCUUCGUGACUAGCCGGAUACUCUACGCCGUCCCAUACCUUCGCACUAACAAGCACGAAGACGACAGAAUAGAUGCCAUCAUUCGCAAGGCGACUAAGCGAGCUCUGGAUCUCCCUGUGGCCACCUCCAACGCCAAACUCAGAGCUUUAGGCGUGCUCAACUCCUACCAGGAGUUGCGGGAGGCCCACCUUGUCAAUCAAUACACGCGGCUCGUGCAGACGGCUCCCGGGCGCCGCCUGCUAAACCGAUUACAGAUCCAACACGUUUGCCCUGCAGAGGAGGCGGAGCGUAUUCCAGAACUCUGGCGCCAUAUGCUCUCGGUCUCUCCGCUCCCCAGUAACAUGGAUACGCACACGCACGAAAGCAGACGACAAGCGCGGGCUCGGACGCUUGAAAGACAACACGGCUCUCGACCUGGUGUAUUCUACAUGGACAUAGCAGGGCCUUCGCCCAAGGGAUUUUACACGGCCUCUGUAAUUCACCAGGAAAAACACGUCAAUGGGCUCUCCUUCCGAGCACAAAAUUCAGAGCGAGCUGAGGAAGUAGCGAUAGCGCUUGCUGCCGCGGAUCCCAAUUCGAAAGUCAUCAUCACGGACUCCCGUAAAGCAUGUGCUCACUACUUGGCAGGGGAGAUAUCCCCCUUAGCCGGCCAAAUUCUAAAACGGGCUGCCAUUGAUCCGACCCCGAAACGCAUUAUAUGGGCUCCUGGCCAUCAGGGCUUACGAGGUAAUGAGGCCGCUGACGCGGCCGCCCGAGCGCUUACCCACCGGGCUCCUCACCCUGGCUCUUAUGACUCAGAGGCCAAUACACCGCUUCUGCGGUUCAAAGAAAUUCUCUCAUAUUAUCGCGACACUCACCGCCUUUUCCCGGCUCCUGCAAAGGGGCUGAGUAAGGCGGAUGAGCGAACUCUAAGGCGCCUGCAGACAGGUACUCUACUCUGCCCUGCAAUAUUAAAGCACUACGAUCCAAACACGGAUGGGCGGUGCCCACACUGUGGGGAGACCUGCGAUAUCUUCCACAUGGUGUGGGCAUGUACUAAAAAUCCCCACCUGCCCCCUUCCCCUACCCCUUCACGAGAGGCAUGGGAGACUGCCCUCCUCAACUGCUCCUCACUGGAGUCGCAACGGGCUCUGGUGCGACGGGCGCGAGACGGGGCCUCGUCAUGCGGUGUCCCGGACUAGGGACGCCGACCAUGUACCGGGGUCAUGCUUUGGCCCCCAAACUCUCUUUUUUUUUUCUUUUAUAAUAAAUGUUUUUUUCAUC